GUGCGUCGUCGGCUGCCGCUUGGCCGCUUUCAACACUUGAGCAGGUACACACAUACACACAUACACAUCCACUUCCACACACUUCUUGUUUUUGAGUUUUUUUUUUAAAUUCCCUCAGUGCUGUUCUUGUUAACUACAAUAGCAAAGGGGGGAGCAUCAUGAUGCGUGCUAGCGAGGCUGACGGCGUGAGAAGGCGCCGACGGGAAAGGACCAGGAGCUGCACCCGCCUCUCGCCAAAGAUGGGGGUGCUCGUUUUGCUAGUGGCACUUUCCCUUUCGGUGUUACUACUACCUCUGCUGCCGCGUGUGACCGCGGCGCAGGUCAACGAGGAUUCCGUGACGGCAGAGGCGUCUCCUGUUGACAGGGCGGACUUCACACACGGGACCCUCUCCACCGCUACAGAACCCGAUGCCGCUACUGCUGCUGGCACUGCUGCUGAUGCUGGUGCUGGCGCUGCUUUGAUGGAUAAGGAUCAUCACGAAACACACACAAGUGCAAGCUCUGUCGCAUCGCCGUCCUCAGCAGAGACACCUGCGACACCGGGUGCAGUGCACGACAAGCCGGAGAAAAUAGAAGGCAUGCAUGUUGCGGAGGACGCUGUUCGAGCACACGUUGCCUUGUCUGCAUCUGACACCGCGUCCUCAACGGCAGACGACGAGCUGCCGGGGAAGCCCUUAGACGCAGGGAGCGCUGACGUAACCCGGGCGAGUGUCAAUGAGGCGGUGCUCACCGACGCGGAAGAAAAGAACGCGUCGUUGGCCCAUCUGAGACACGAUAGCGCUGAGGAGAGUAGAAGGGAGCUUCCCGACAUUCAGGCUGCGGGGGCCUCUAGGAAGUCGGUGAAUACGGCGUCAGGCGUCGAGUCCAACGUGACCGCGACGGCGCCGUGCGACGUCGGCACCACCGCCACCGCUGCUGCUUCUUUUAUUGAUGCACCGACAGCGGCGUGCGAGAAGGGCGCCUACGCAUCCACUGCAAAUACGGAGCCGGAGGAAUCUCCCGUCGAGACGCCACCGCCGCAUGCGUCGCGGUCGACCCCCCAAACGGUGACCGCAUCUUCUCCUGUGCUGGACGAGGCCGCCCCAGACGCAGGGCUCUCGUCGAAGGCCUCACCGGCACCGCAGGAUCAACAGCAGGAACUGCCCUUGCACGUCGCAGACCGUAACGUAGAAAGCCCUCCGCAACACGACGGUGCUGUGGAUCAGAUGGGCCGGGAUCUGUCUUCCCCGCCGCCAUCCGAGGCACCUGCGACGUUUCCUUCCGCACGGCAUGACGUGGCCGGAAGCACACACGAGGAAAGCGCAUCGCUGCAUCUGACAGAGGCGGAGAGAGGCAGCAAAACCGCCGAAAACUCCGACACGAUCACCGCCCCAGCACCGGCGUCUAGCGAGGCGGAGGCUGUCAAGGAGCAGGAAGAGGAACCGUCGCCGUCACCGGUGGGAAGCGCAGGUUUGCCAGGCGCAGCUGCGGCGCCGACAGGGCGUUCUGCGCACGCCACGCAGCAGCAGGAGCACGCAGUGCCCGUAGAGGCCGUCAGCCCACCCUCCCGCAGUGAGGCGCUGGACAAUACGCCGGAGACCGUGACGGAGGCGACGGCCUCUUCGACGGAUCAGCCGGAGCCGGCCUCUCCCCCAGAGACCGCCGGUCCGGUGGCCCCUGAAAUAUUUAUUUCCGCUUCGGAGGGAGUUGCAGACGGCAGCUCAGCGCCUGCUGCAGCGACAGCCGACCCGCACGGCUGGGCAGACAGCGUGCGUGAGAAUGAGUCCACGAUGGAGCAGGAGGCGGCAGACGCGUCCGCCCCGCAUGCCUCUGCGCACGCCGUCCUCGCCGUAGCCGCAGAGGACCACGUCAGCAACGCGGCAGAGGUGUCUUCUAUCCCGCAGACCCCGCCCUCCUCCUUCGCCGAGGCACCGCCGCGCCAUCGAGCCGCACCGCCCUCCCGUCUUGCUCUCUCCUAUCUGUACUACCGCGCCCUCGAGGCCCUCUACGUGGAGGAGAACGCGACCCUCUUCGUGCGCCGUGCGCGCGACGCUGCCCCGUACGGGCACGCGCGACUGAACUGGCUGCUAGGCGUCCUGCACGCCUACGGGGUCGGGGUGCCGCGGAGUGAGCGGGAGGCGCUGAUGUACUACUCCUUUGCGGCGAUGGAGGGGGUGCCGGAGGCGCACAUGGCGCUCGGCUACCGCUACCGCAACGGCCUCGGCGUGCAGGCGAGCUGUGAGGCGGCGCUGGCGCACUACCGCGAGGCGGCUGAUGCGGUGGCGAUGACAUACGACGGCAGCGCCGCGGACUUGGAGGGCCGCUCGGUGACGGACCUGGUGGGGGCGCGCACCCUCCUCAGCGGCGGCCGCAGCGUUCUGUCCUUCUUCACCUACCGCGACAACAUGGCCAACUCGGACAGGAUGAACCAGGCGCAGCGAGAUUUGCUCUCCCUCAUCUACCAGGCCGACCGCGGGAGCCGGCAGGCGCUGCUGACGCUGGGUUACGUGUACCUGAAAGGCAGUCACCAGGUGCGCCGUGAUGGACGAAGGGCGGAGGGGUAUUUGAAGCAGGCCGCGGCGAAGGGGGUUGCGGAGGCGCACGGGGCGUUGGGCAACCUCUACACCGCCGGUGAUGCCUCCAUCGAUCCGCCGCUGCCACGCGACCUCGCCCGGGCCUACCACCACUACCGCCUCGGUGCGGCGCAGAAGGACGCCGUCUCUCUCAACGGGAUUGGAUUUCUGCACGCGAUCGGCUACCUAGACAACGACGCGCGGCAUGCACCGCCGGUGUCGUCCGCGCCGACGGACAACGCAUCGUCUCCCUCACACACGUUUGGUGCCGACGCUGCUCACCCACCUGACUUCGCAUCGGCCGCCCGCUACUUCGAGCAGAGCCGCUCGCCGGAGAGCAUCUACAACCUCGCGGUUCUCCACCUGUACGGCCGCGGCGUGGCGCAGGACCGGGCGGCGGCGCAGCGUCUCUUCUGGAAUGCGGCGCACGGCGGUAGCGUGUUGGCACGGUGGCAGCUGGCGCACUUGAUUGACGACGUCGCUGAGCAGGACGCCGGCAAGUGCGAGAGGGCGUUGGAGCUGUACAAGGAGACCGCCUCGUACGGUAGCUGGAAUCGUGAGAUGGCGGGCGGCGGCGGCAGUGGUGCUGGUGGCCUGGGAGCCUCCGCGGCAUCGUCUGCCCCGGUGCGUGGGCCGGGCAGCGACGCGGAUGUGAAUGAGGAAGGCAGCGCGGACGGUGCCAGCGGCGAUGCACACGCGACGGAUCCUGCGAGGACGGGAGGGGGUCACGGAAAGAGUUCGAGGGCCACGGACGCGGACGCAUCGUCGUACAACGACGGCCCGUCCGCGCCGCACACCAACGCCGAUUACGAACGCCUGCUCAGUCACAUUCGGAGUCGCCUUCAGGCCGUCGAGGAGAGUCUGCGCCUGUCCGACAGCGAGGACGGCCCGGCGGUGGUUUCGCUCGCCUCCUUUGUGGAGCUGCUGAGUCUUGCCGAGACGGGUGACGCGUCAUCGACCUGGCUGGCCGCGCGGUUCGUGGAGGACUACCUCGAAGUCGAGGUGGAGAAAGAGGAGGAGGCGGCACCGGUGGAAGGCGAGGUGGCGUUGCUGUGGCCCGCUCCUUCCUCGUCGGUCUUCCUGUCGCCCGCCGCGGCGAGAAGUGAGCUGCUCUUCUACCUGCUCCAGCGCACGGUUCUGCACCCGCGGCAUAGGGGCGGGGCCCACGGUGCUGCGUUCCUCCGCCUCGGCGACUUCUUCUACUACGGCGAGGCGCCGCGGUACGGUGUAGACAUGGCACGUGCGAUGGAGUACUACCGACUUGCGGCGGACAUCUACCACGACCCACAGGCGCUCUUCAACGUGGGCUUUAUGUACCAGCUGGGGCUGCACAGGGCGCCCCAUGCAACCCUCCUAUCCGCUGAGAACGACUCCAAUGAGAGCCCAGCGGGGCGAGGCGGGGUCUGGAAGGUCCACUCGGAUCCACCGUACUACCUUACCGGCGCCCCUUCCGUGUUUCUUGCCGCACAGGCCGCAGCGCGCGCGUGGGAUCGCAGCAGUUCCAGCCCCACGUCGCGCGGCGUCAACGUCUAUCUCGCGUGGCGCUACUACACGGAGUCUCUGCGGCGAGAGGGGCGGGGGUGGAUGGCGGUGCAGUUCGCGCUCCUCACCGUCAACGCGCAGUGGUCGCUGCGCCACUUUGGGCUCUCCCGCCUCCUCCCGGCGCUGCCGAGCUCGCCGGGCUUUGCGUUUCCACUGGGCGGGUCUUCGCUGACGUUGAGCGACGGCGAGGAGGACAGCGGGGUGGGCACCGACGUUGCGCAGGCCUUCCUUCGCUCUCUCACGACGGUUCUGCACGCGGAGGUGAGCUUCGUCUACGCCGUGCUCGCCGACGUGGCCACCGCGCUGGUGGCGUGGUGCGGGCAGGUGGAGCAGGUCGUUCUGUACGGUGCCGUUGGCGUGUUUGUGCUCGCCCUGCUCGUACGGCACCACGCUGUCUGA